CGUUAUUUUCAUUUAAACAAAUAUUGAAGUAGAACAUUUUACUUUUGUAUCGCAUGCGUAUUUUUUUUAUUCAAAUAUCUAUUCAGUUGUACUCCGGUUCACUUUGUAUUAUCAAGUGACCUCAGGUUAUCGUUUUAACAUUCCUCAAUCUUUACCAUUGAAUAAUUUCGACGACGUUUCAUAUGGACAACAAAACAGUGGAUAAGGAGUAUUAUGAGAUACUAAAAGUACCAGUGGAUGCAGAUUUUGAUACUAUAAAAAAAUCAUACCGUCGUUUGGCAAUUCGACUUCAUCCUGAUAAAAACCCAGAUAACCCGGAGGAAGCACGAGAGAAUUUUCAAAGAUUGGGAGAAGCAUACCAGGUCCUAAGCGAUCCUCAAUUACGAAAACAGUAUGACCUUUAUGGUAAAGAAGGUGCUGUACCUGAGGCGGGUUUUGCGGAUGCAUUUGAAUUUUUCAGACAGCUUUUUGGAGGCGAAUCCUUCAAAGAUUACAUUGGUGAGCUAAACCUGUUAAAAGAACUAUGCAAAUCAAUGGAAGAAUCUUCUUCUGAAUAUAAAGCUAUCGAAGACGUUGAUGAAUCGAAGAAAAAGCUACAAGAAGAAGAAUCGAGGCAGCAGGAAUUACUAUUGCAGGAACGAAUUGAUAAUCUUUGUCAUAAUUUGGUAGAUAAACUGUCUAUAUGGACAGAAACCGACAUGUCCGAGUCAGUAACCAAUGCCUUCAGAGAAAAAAUGCGCUUGGAGGCUGAAAUAUUGAAGGAAGAAUCAUUCGGCGAAGAGCUACUGAAUGCAAUAGGGUCCACUUACCUUCAAAGAGCGAGAAUUUUCCUUGAAAGCCAAUCGUUUUUUGGAAUCAAGGGUCUUUGGAGUAGCUUGAGAGCAAAGGGCUCACUUCUGAAGGAUACUUGGAGUACAGUUGUCAGUGCAGUGGAAGUUCAAACAAAAGCAGAAGCCCUCGCAAAAGCAGAAGAGGAAGGAAGCAACUGGACGAAAGAAAAGAGAGAAGAAGCUGCCCGUGAAUUAACUGGUAAAGUAUUAUCGGCAACUUGGAAAGGGACACGUUUCGAAGUUCAAAACGUCAUUCGGAAUGUUAGCGAUAAAAUUCUAUUUGAUAAGAAUAUUCCACAAGAGAAGCUCGUACAGCGUGCACAUGCUUUAUCCAUGGUAGGAGAGGUAUUCCUUUCUGUUGCUCCAAAACGAGAACGCGCAGAUAAUUAUUUUGAAGAACUGCUAAAUCAGCAAGCCCCAUCACAUGAGUAAAGAAUGUACCUUUGCAUUUGCUUAAUUACUCAGUCAUAGUUUCCAAUAUUUCAGUCUUACUUACUUUUUCGUAUACUUAUAGAUCAACAUAGGAUAUGUCUUCUUACGAAAACUCUUCUACGUUUUUGAAUAUUAAUUUUUUUUAUUUA